CGCUCGGACCGAGGUAAACAUGGCCGCGAUGCAGACGACCCGGUCUCUGCCUCGCAAUUUCAAAUUAAUAUCCCAGUUAUGGAACACAAGAAGACAAAGCACAGCAGCCGAGGCUACAGGUAAAUGGCAGAUUGUUGGAGCAGCAUGUAUCACACGACCACCAGUGGUCUGCCCCCCAAUGACUCCCCUCGAAGCACAAUAUUCAGAGAUGCUAGCCACAGUGGAGAAGGAACUCUCCCUGAAGAGUAACCACGAACUAAGACAUGAACAGGAUUUGAUGCGAGUAGAAUUCUUGAAAUUGGGAGACACAGAAGAAGUAGACAUAGAAGAAGCCUCGAAACAAACAGCUGUAGAAUUUGAGGACGCUUGUACUGAAGAGCUCAAAGCUUUCACACCAGCUCCAAUUACAACAGAGGCUGAUAAGAAAAAUGAUCUGAGCAGUUUAAACAGAGCCCUUGAAAGAUCCCUGAUAUUAGUAGUCAAGCAGAAGCUGGGCAGCGAUCACCAGUGGGUCUUACCUCAAGCUCCUUGGGUACCGGGAGAAACCUUAAGACAGACUUGUGAACGUGUGGUCAGAGAAACUUGUGGUACAUCUUUAAAAGUGAAAUUUCUUGGCAAUGCUCCCUGCGGAUAUUAUAAAUACAAAUUCCCCAAGCAGGCUCGAAAGGAUGGAUUCAUUGGCGCAAAGGUAUUCUUCUACAAGGGAAUGGUCAGGGAAGCUAGUGGAAACGUACAGCCAGGGCAGGAUGUCAUAGAGCACCAGUGGCUCUCUCAGGACCAGCUGGAUGAGAGAUUGAAGCGAUCCUAUGCUGAUUCUGUGUCAAGGUUCCUGGUAUCAGACAAGUGAGCAGGAUGUCACUUGGUCAAUAGCUUGUAUAAUAUACCAAGAGCAAGGUUUUCAAUUGAAUAUCAUUGUAACGCAGUAUGAGUGAAAUAGGUACCGUCUCUCAUAAUGCUGUGCGCAAUCCUUGGUUUCCUUUGUGACUCCAUGUAAAUAUUUAAAAGAUGUUUUUGUAAUAAAGCAUUAUAUAUAAAAAAAAAAA